UCGCUGUACCCUGUUUACCUAAACCCUAGCGCGCUCUCUCUCUCUCUCUCUCUCUCUCUCUCAAAUCUCAGCAUGUCGAACACCGAAGCCGAGCACCGCGAAGAGGAGGAGGCUCCCGCCGGCGAGGACGAGGACACCGGAGCUCAGGUAGCUCCGAUCGUCAGACUCGAAGAGGUCGCCGUCUCCACUGGCGAAGAAAACGAAGAUGCUAUUCUCGAUCUUAAAUCCAAGCUAUAUCGAUUCGAUAAGGACGGGAAUCAAUGGAAGGAGCGAGGUGCUGGAACAGUGAAGUUCCUGAAGCACAAGGAAACUGGAAAGGUUCGCCUCCUCAUGAGGCAAUCUAAGACGCUCAAGAUCUGCGCCAAUCAUUUGAUUCUACCUUCGAUGAGUGUGCAGGAGCACUCCGGGAACGAGAAAUCAUGUGUUUGGCAUGCCAGAGACUUCGCCGAUGGUGAAUUGAAAGAUGAGCUUUUCUGCAUUCGGUUUCCAUCGAUCGAAAAUUGCAAAUCAUUCAUGGAAACAUUCCAAGAAAUUGCUGAGUCCCAAAGCAAAGCCGAAAAUGCUGAAGCAUCUGAUACUGCCGGUCUCCUUCAGAAAUUGAGUGUUGAAGGGAAAGAAGGUGAAGAAAAGAAACCUGAAAAGGAAUCCGAAGAAAAAACUGCAGAACCCGAACCUGCAUCAGCUGAGAAGAAAAACGAUACAGAAUCAGAGAAAAAGGACGAAGAGCCCAGUCCCUCUUCUUGAAUCAUAUCAUUGAUUCACAUUUCCUUGCUAGGCGACAUGAAAAGUUAGGUUGUUGACCUUUUUCUGCCGCCGUUUUGGGAUGUUCCCCUCAUGCAUCGUAGUCUUGAGGUCAGGUCAGGUCAGGUCAGGGUUGUGUCCGGGUGCUAUUGAACAGGAUGUGUCCAUUGUUGAGUCUUUGUUGCUGGGGAAGUUUGGGUCAGAUUUGGAUUAUUGAGGGUUGGUACUUUCGGGGUUUGGAAGUUUUCGAGUCUUAUUUCCAAUUCUAUAUAUGUAUUUGUCGGUGGCAAGGGUGCAGUCGAGAAAAUAGUUAAAAAUUAUAAACAAAGGUUUUUGGAUAUACAUUGUUUUGAUUUCACGUCU